GUCCGAUGUGAUGUUGCCACCCACGGUGUCCCCUGCACCAACUGCUUCGCCUUCCAGGUCCGGUGCUGUAUUCCAACGCCAAAACCCAGGAAAACCCAGAAUGCCAACGGCCAGAUCAAGGGGAACUCAGAUAGGGAUUGCCAUGGGGUAGACCAUCAAUCGCAGCAGCAGGCCUCCAAUCACCCCAUUUCAUGCCCUUCAUGGGGACGUCCAUUAUACCAUACCACCAACGGCACCCCUUCAACCUCACAAACGGAAGCCCAAGCUUUGACAGAACAAGUCGACAAUGGGACUCUUUUACGCUUGGUUAUGAGGCCAAAAUUCACUCGUGCCUCAAUCACCGAUGCCGGUCGAGUUGUAUACCAAGGCGAAUCCGGCAACGUUACGUUCCUAAUCCAGGGCUAUCAGGGCGGCGCCAACGUACACUAUCCGCAUCCCGAGAAUAUAGGGAAGCCUGGCACCAAACUCAAUAAGCUAGACAAGUUCGAGAUGGACAUUCUGCACCAACGGGGUGCCUUCCUUCUACCACCGCGGUCCCUCUGCGACCGUAUUAUUGAUGCCUAUUUCAAGUGGGUGCACCCUACUGUACCGGCCAUUAACCGCACCCGCUUCAUGAAGCAGUACCGAGAUCCUAAGAAUCCGCCGUCUGUACUGCUUCUUCAUGCCAUCUUGCUAGCUGGCUCGCGAUUCUGCAAUGAUGAGGCCGACGGAUUGGUUGUCCCAGAUGCACAAAUCUUCUAUAAUCGCGCCAAGGCUCUCUACGAUGCGAAUUAUGAGGAUGACCGUGUGACCAUUAUACAGUCAGCGUUGUUGAUGGGAUGGUAUUGGGAAGCCCCCGAGGAUGUUACUAAAAAUGCCUUCUACUGGAGCCGGGUCGCUACAGUUAUUGCCCAAGGCUGCGGGAUGCACCGCACUGUUGAGCAGUCACAUCUUAGAAAGUCGUACAAGAGACUUUGGAAAAGAAUAUGGUGGACUUUAUUCACGUUGGAUCGGUCUAUAGCUGUCGCCCUGGGACGCCCUACCAAUAUCGACCUUCAGAACUGCGACGUAGAGAUGCUGACGGAAGACGAUUUUGUCGAGGAAGACGCGGAUGGCGUGGAUAGGCUCAACGUGUUUUCACCAAAUCCGGUACACGUGCAAUUCUUCCUUCAAUACGUCAAGCUAUGUGGGAUCAUGGGCAUUGUGCUUGCCCAAAACUACCCUGUUGUCUCCAAAGAGCAACGAAACCCCACUGCUGGGUUGACAACCUGCAGCGAUACAGCCUUGACGGAAUGGCUCCGUGACUGUCCCCAAAUUGUCUACUGGGAGGCGCCACGACAUCACUUCUGGGCUGCGAUCUUGCACUCACACUACUAUACGACGCUUUGUCUGCUACAUCGAGUACCCCCAACCCUAGGAGAUUCCGCUCAUUCCAGGAAUACUUCUUCGCAGGCGGCGGCGAUGAUCACCUGUAUUGUCGAGAUCCUGGCGUCAUCCGAUCAGCUGCGAUAUAGUCCGUCCUCCAUUGUUCAUAGUUUAUUCUCAGCGCUGAUCAUCCACAUCAAUGAGAUAAGCACAUCAGUUUCAACGAUCCGCCAUGGGGUCACAGACAGGCUACGCAGCUGCAUGUCGGCCCUGAAGGAGGUGUCCCAUGUGUGGGUGACGGGCAAGAUGGCAUAUAUUCUCUUUGAGUCGAUUAUUCGCAACAAUUCGCCCGAAGAUGGUGUGCAGAUUGCCGGGUUGGAAAAACGUGAAAUGCACCAGAACCUGUUCCAGCUGAAGCAACAGGCCACAGAGAAAGAUGCUUCGAAACAGGGAGAAAGAAUACGCCAUAACCUUGUGACUGCCAGCCCCAGAGAACUGGCAUCAUAUAGACGGUCGCAGCCGCACAUACCAAGCACAAUCACGAAGCGGAACGACGGAUCGAGACAAGACCAUAACACCAUAUCCCAAAUGGCGCCCUCCGACGUGAGACCAGGCAUGCACGGACAGGUAGGGGAUUGGCCUCAACAAGACUCCGGGUCAAGAGCUGGACGAAUCCAAAUUGGCGCUCACCAGGGACCAUAUACUACGUGGCUUCCCGGUCUCGAUGUGGAAAUGCCGGACGGCCCGUGCCCGGAUAGUUGGGGCGUGACGCAAGGGGAGCCUGCGCCAAUUACGUUGGACCUAAACGACUGGUAG